AAAAAGGGUAUACCAAAUGGUGUCAGUAGAAUUUUGAUUAAUGAGAUUGUGUAAACCAUAUACAUAUAUUGAGAAUCUUUCAAUAAGGCAUUGAAGAUUCAUUUUUUUGCACCAAUGGAUAUUUAUAAAAUAAGAUGCAGCAGAAUUUUUUAUCUUUGUCUCGUUAAAUUUUUUUAAAUUUCUGAAUCAAACGCAAAUAACAUAACCCUACUAAAUAUAAAAUUUUUUCAUAUAAGUGACAUUUUUGAAAAGAAAAUAUGAUAAAAAUUUAUAACAAUAUCAACUUUGUAAUAUUUCUGUAAGUUACAACAUUUUCUAAUGAGUGUUUUGUGAUAUCUAUAUAUGGCGAAGGUUCUAGAAAACCAAAUCACCAUCGGACAUUACUGCUUUCAUAUAAGUAAUGUGUGUUCCAUUUUCAUACCAUUUUGUUCCAUAAUGGUAACAGAUAAGGAGUCAAGACCUAAAACUGGCGAAAAACAGCAAAACGGGUGCAAGAUUUGGGUACCCGCAUUUACUGUUCAAGCCCUACAAAAGCAUACAUGUGUUUUACCACCUCCUAAAUGCGAUGUUUAUAAAGAAGUUCCUUCAACUAAUAGAAAGUUCAGAACAAACUAUCUCAGAGGUAAUUUACCCAUAGGAACAGAUCCAAAAGGUAACAAAGUGUCUUGGAAAGCGGAUAUAACAAAAUUGGAUUUUCAUUAUUAUUUGCCAAUGUUUUUUGAGGGACUUGUUGAAACAGAACACCCCUAUAAACUAUUUGCCCAACAGGGAAUUCAUGAUUUACUAACUCAUGGAGGAAACAAAAUUUUCCCAUGCAUUCCUCAAUUAAUUAUACCCAUAAAAGAUGCACUUCGAACUAAAAAUAAAGAGGUGAUGUGUAACACUUUGCGUAUUUUACAACAUUUAGUGAAAUCUGGAGAUAUGGUUGGUGAAGCUUUGGUACCAUAUUAUAGACAAAUUUUACCUUGUCUUAAUAUGUACAAAGAAAAAAACGUAAACUGUGGAGACGAGAUCGAUUACAGUCAAAUGAGAGGAGAUAACUUAGCGGAUAACGUAAAUGAGACUUUACAAGUAUUAGAAAGAUACGGAGGAGAAGAUGCAUUCAUAAACAUUAAAUAUUUAAUUCCAACUUACGAAUCCUGUAUGCUAAAUUAAAUUAAGACUCGAAUGUAAUCCUUCAUUUCUUUUUCAAUAAUUAUAUACAUUUUUUCAUGACCAUACAUCAAA